AUGGUCAGGCGAUAUAUGGGUCAAGAACCCGUUCCAAUCAAUGGAUCAGAUAUCUCAGAACAGCUCAGAGGCGUCAUGCGCAAUGUUCCACAGCCUGUAGCUCUUGCUGUUGCUCGGACACCAUCUUCCGCCGGUGAACCAUCCAGAUACCAUGGCGCUACGCUUUCUUCAUUCACUUCCUUGACUCUACACCCUGAGCCGCUCGUAGCCUUUUCAUUACGUCUACCGUCACGCUUAGCAGACUUCAUCCGGCCAGGAGGUAAGGACAUUGGACAUAUCCCUCUAUACGAUCCAUCUAGCGUAUCGCCAUCCUCGGCAACGCGCUCGAUACCUCCUCAAAUACCUUUACCUAAUAAUCCUCCACCUCAUCACUCUUACGCAUCCCAUUCGCUUACCAUAUCCCUUCUCGCGCAAUGUCACGCACACCUGGCCGAUCGUUUUGCACGACCUGGUCUAGACAUGUCAACUGCGUUUUCCUCGACCGAUUUCGACCUGUCGAAGGUGCCUCCCGGUGUGAAGGACGCUUUGGGCAUCUUAAACUGCCAAGUGGUCAUGUCACUGCCGUUGAGAGACGUGUCUCCCCCGCCCAGCACAGGCAGAAUGGCGGAGACGUCUCCGAUAGACAUUCAGACGGGAGGGGACAAGGUACAUGGAAGCGAGCUAUUCAUAUGCCGCGUGAUAUCUGUCAUACAGGGGGAUGAGGGACUCGUCAUUGAUCCAUUGUUGUAUUGGCGUAGAAAGUAUAUUAGUGUACAAAAUCAAUCGGAGCAGCCGUAUACGUGGUAA